AUGAAUAAAUCAUUAAUUUCCCAAUUUGAACGUCUUGGAACAAGUAUCCGCAACCUCACUGAUAUCCUCCAGAAGGAAGAAGAUCAGUCGGCUGAACUCCAGAAAAUCGAAUCCUUAAAUCAGGAAUUGAUCAAAAAUAUAACGGCCUUCAGAUCAUAUUGUGGAAGUAAUCCGCAUUUAAUCAAGAAUGCUGCUAUUUCUCCAUAA